AGCGGCCCCGACUCAUCCCACAGCACUGAGGUGGCGCCCAUGGACGGUGCCACAGCCGCCCAUGAGCCCAGCACAGACCCGAAAACUGCUCAAGGCCAUGAUGAAGUGUUGGAUGGCGAUGAUGCCGCGCCGGGUAAUAAAAGCACCCUGCCUGGGGAAACCAAGAUCCCAUCGGGGUCCAACGCCACAUCGCUCUUGGACCAUGACGUUUUGCUUGAGCACGGGCAUUUGAGCGACUUGGCGGCCAUGGCUCUAACUGGUGACAGCACCGUGCAUGGGUGUGUGUCUCGGGUGUUGUUGCUGCUGCUUCUGGGGCUGUGGGGCACCGCGGCUCUCUGCUGA